AUGAUCGGACACUGGAAAAACACGCUUUUAUUAAUUGUAAGUAAUUUUUUAAAAUAGAAUUUUAACGUAUUUAAGUAUACAUUUAAAAAAAAUUACCUUGUAUCUACGAAUAAAAGUUACGUGUGGGAAGUUCAUUAUAACCACUAGUGUUCUUUUCAAUGAUAUUAUAUAAAAUUUCAAUUUUCAAGUGAGAUAUGAUUGUGUAAAAUAUCACGGUUUAAAAACCCAUAUAACUCGCUUAAAAAUGUAUAUAACGUUAUCAUUAUCAACAAAACUUACUUAAAAUGUAAAAAAAAAGUUGUAAAUAGAUUUACUGUUUUAUACAGUUUGUAUAAGUAAUAUUAUACAUUUUAAUAAACCAUACUAGUAUUAUCUAUUCGUAUGUAAGAACUAAAAGCGUCUGGCAUAUUUUUGUAUACAUUAUCAAUGUAGUUUAAUCAUUUGUCUCAAUAUAAAUUGUACUGAUAAAGUCACGUUGAAAAAUUGAAAAUUAAUAGGUAAAUACUCCAUAAUGCUUGAUUCUUACAAAAUAAUCACUGUAUUAAAUUUUAAACGUAGCUAGGGAUUUGUUAAUUUAAUAUGAUUGUUAAUGGUAAAAAAAAAAAGUGUAUCAUAAUAUAAUAGUUUUUUUUUUUUUUAUAAACUUUGUACAUGUAACUUAUUAUUUUUGUACUUAGUAAAUUUAAUAUUUAUUUAUUAAGUUUACAACAUUAUACAUUUGUCUGUUUUAACUACAAUAAAUGUAUUCCAUCUACAUACAUUAUAACCACAUAAUAUAAUUAAAAAAAAAAUUCCGAUUGAAAACCACAAGUUUCCCAUUGUAAAUUUGUUGAAAUAGGUACUAUCAGAUACUGGUUCGGAAAAUAUUUAUUAGAACUAUACAGAAUUCACAAGAUAUCAUAAGAUACAAAAAUAUUUAUAUGUUUGGUCAGAUAUCUAUUUUCAAAAAUAUUGGCAUCAUUAUUGUUUUCUAUAUGUCAUCCGCAUUUUCAUUAAUACAAAAGUUAUGAAUAUUUAUGUAAAUAAAGAGACUCUAUGAGAAAUAUCAUUUUUGUUUCGAUUUCCAACGAUUACAAUUCAAAACUUUCUCCUGGACCAAGGAAUAAAAAAUAAAAGUUGCGUGGCAUUGACAAACAAAUUUCUUUAAUAUAACCUAUGACUCGGAGUAAAAUAAUAAUAUAUUCCAUCUAAAUAGCUUAAUAUGGCAAAACUAACCAUCGUAUACAUAUAAUAUACGCCUCGAGUAAAAUUUCAAUAUAAUUACUAUCUUCAAUAAACAUGUAUAUACAUAGUUAUUAUAAAAAUUUAAAAAAAAAGUAAAUAUAUAUAAACAGUAGAAGCCGCUUAUUAGGAAAACUUUGAGACCGAGGUGAAACGUAUGAAUUCACCGAUUGUUUUUAAUAAACGAUUGGUUUUAAAGUACGAUUGUUUUAAUAUACGAUCGAUCCCGUCCCUAUACAUUUUGUUUCAAUAUCGCGAUUGUAUCAAUUAUUGGUGUUCCUAAUAAACGACUUACACUGUGUAUUCAACUAAAAAAACGUUGUAGACAUGAAAAUAGAAAUAACUGUUUUUAGGAUAAAAAAAUAAUAAAAUAACAACAUAUUUAUUAGUGGUUUAUAUAAUUGUCUUUUAAAAAUUAAAAUAGUAGUUAUAAAUAUAAUAGAUAUAUAUAGUUGUAUCAAAUAUUUUGUUGUAAAUAUUAUAAAAAAAUGUAUAAAUAACUAGUUGGAAUAUUUGUAUGCGAUAACUAUUCUUGUUUUUUAUAUAUUAGAUGGGUUUUUUUUUUUUACAUACCUAUCUUAUAUGUUUAGUUUAUUAAAAAUAAUAAUUAUAGGUCAUUAAGUUUCAGACAAUUUUUUUUUAAUGAAAACCACUUAAACAAAAAACACAUCACACGUAUAGUGUUAUAUUAGGUAACUUAAAACUCCAAAUAACUAUAAAUAGAAGAGCGGUAAUAAGAUUUUAUUUCUUUAAUGGAUAUUUUAUUACUACUGUCUCAAUCACUACGAUACCUAUUCGUAUUAAUUAGGUGCAGAUAAUAUUUUAUGAAAACGUAUUCUUAUUUGAAUAUAAUAACAAAAAUAGGUCCGGGAACUUCAUACUAAAUACGAGAGCGCAGAAUUUUUUUUAUAUUCAAAUAAUUUCCAAUAUCAGAUUUUUCUUUAAACAAACAAUAUUAAAUUCAAACACCGAUUUAUGAAACAUUUGGUGAAAACUAUCAAUUUCACAUUUUAAUUUCGGUGAUACUAACUUAAAAUACAGGAUUAUAUUAAGUACACGAACAAUUUAAGAAAAUAUAAUAUUAAUAUAAUGUAGUAUAGUUAUAACAGUUAACCUGAUUCCUAUUCGCAUGAAUUUACAAAUUUUACUUUAACUGGUUUUUUAAAACUUUUUAUGGAAUAUGAUUUAAUGUCGAUUUUAUUAAAUACGUAUAUAUCAAAAAAUAAUAAUAAUAGCAAAACAGGAAUGCGUUAUUUUCUCCUCUAUAAAGUGAAAAUUGCAUAUAUAAAUUUCGAUUAUGGUCCGUAUUUUUGAUGUUCAUGUAAAACAUGUUUUACGCGAGUUUCGUUCAAAUUUCACGAUUACACUACAAAUAUUAAAUGUAAUAAUGACACGGCCGCUUAAGAGACCACUUUUAAAUUUGUUUAAAAGUGAGUUUGAGUAUAUUAGUAUAGUUAAAAUAUUAUUACAGUAAUUAUUACUAAAAUUUAUUUUAAUGUUAAUCAAUUUUAAUAAUGUCGUUAAAGUUGCCUACAAGCAACUCCUUAAAUAUUGGGCGUACAGCGGCCCGCGGCCUCUUAAGCUAAAUUGUAUAAAUAAACACAUAAGUAUAAAUACAAAUAAAUAUAUAUAUAUAUAUAUAUAUUUAUAUUAAAUAUCUAUAUAUGUUAAAAAUGAAUGAGUCUAAUAAUGAAUAUAAUAAUAUAAUAGUUUAAGGAUCGCACUGACAUAAGUGAAUAAAACAGUGUUAAAUGAUUUGAACGUAUUUAGUGUAAUAAUAAUAAACACAAAAAACAAAGUGAAAGCAGAGAUAACGAUAUAAGGAGAUCUUGAAGUAAUUCAAGUAGUGAAUGACUUCGCUAAAUCACCGCCCUUCGUGAAGAACAAUAGGUAAAUAUUAUAUAGAAUAGUAGAUUAACAGAGAAAAUGGGUUGAGAUAGCCAACUCUACUUGUGCGAGAAUUAAAUGAGAACAUUCAAAAUCCGAUACGUUGAAUACUAUAAAAUGAAUGGGUGGUAAGAAAAAUGUAUUAAUAUAUUUUAAGGUUUAAAUGAAAAAUGUAAGAGAAGGGUUUCGAACUGAAUAAAAGUAAUUUAAUUAAUUUAUAAUAACAAAAUAAUAAAAUAUUAUGUCGAAAGUAAAAAAAAAUAUAAUACAGUAAUUACCUACAAAAAUAUACAUAGUAUACAUUGUAUAAACAUGUAUACAUUUAUUAAUGAUAAAAUAUAUAUAGUGUAAUGCAUGUUUGUAAAUAGUAUUUUAAUUGCUUAUUUCAAUAAAAACAUAAACUGAUAUCACCUUUCAUCACGUUUGUCGGGACUAUAAAAUUUGAGUACCUAUCCAAUAAUAAGAAAAUUAAAUAUAUAAAAACAAUUUUAUGAUUAUGAAAUGGUUUUUUUUUUUUUUUUAUAUAUCAUUGAAUGUAACCAAAAUAAUUUAUUGACACAAUAGUUGUAAAUGCUAUUUGAAAAUGUUCGAUAAAGUUUUUAAAACUUUCGAGAUUUAUAAUAGUAUCGAAUAGUGAUAUAAGAGUACUACGACUUGCACGCAAUGCCUGGUAAACAGUGUGUCACGUUAUUUGUGGUAUUUCUGCUUUCUAGGAGAUUUAACCAAAAACCAAAUCGAAUAAUGCUAAACGAAAACCGGUUUUACAUGUUUUAAACAUAGGCAGAGGUAUCUAGAGAAAUUAAAAAUCAUCAGUUAUCACUUGUUGCCCAUUAUGAAUCAACUACUUUUUAAGUAAAAAAUUAAAAUAUCAUAUUAUUUUCCAAAAGGAGGUUGAAUUGAAUUAAAUAUUCGUCUGUAAGUGUUUUAUAAAACUAACUGUGAGUUAUAAUCGUCUCAAAUAGUGUAAUAAAUUCUUAAAAUUAAUUAUUUUUUAAAUUUAUAAUCACGAAUAAUAAAUAUAUGCAUUUGUUGUAAAUGAAAUAUACCUAAAUAUAGUCAAAUAGUGUGUGCUAGAAUAUUUUUUAAUUUCUGGGUAAAAAAUAAUUACAUUUUAUUUAUUCUUUGAAAUUAAUUUUUUUUAUUUUCUCAAUAGUAAUUAAUCUUCCAAAUAAUAUCCGAACGCCAAAAAUGAAAUUCACGGUAAGUCCAAUUAUAAUGUUUUAUCUGCUUUUAUUACAUAUCUCUUUCCUAUUCAAUACCCUUAUUGAUAAAAUUGAUUCUUCAAAUUUCUUAUCACUAAUUUUCUUCAAAGUCUCUCUCCGUCUCGCUCGCUCAUCGGUCCCUUUACAUAUUUUAUAAUCUCCAACGUUUCUUCUUGAUAACUUUUCAAUUAUCCGAUUAAUGCACACCACUAACCACGAUCCAUAAUUUUUAUCAGAUUCUAGAGAUCCCUUAUUUUUUGCAGCCAAACUAAAAUUGACAUCUUAUUUAAGCUUGUCUCAAGCUAUAUAAUAAUAUAAGUUAGUUAAGAUAGUUUUAGUUUAGUUUGUAUUGUUGUAUGUUUAUACCAUCAUUCUUGUAUAUUUAGGUUUCGGCUUAUACUGCAGUAAAAUAAAAUAAAAUAAAUAGUAUUAAUAUUCAAGUAAAUUUUUGCAUUUUUAUUAAAAUGUAUUAUUAUUGUAUUUAAUAAUAAUGGCUAAAACAAUUUUCAAAUAUCAUUUAGAAUUAGUGGUAAACUAAAAAAAUAGAGCGUAAUGUGCUAAGUUUUUUUUUUUACAAGCAUUAAAUGUUAAAAUGUUAAUAAAACUUAAUUUUGAUAAAAAUGCAAUAAUAUGUACCGUCCCAUGUACUUCACUUAAAACAAAUAAUAGAGGUCAACUAAAGUCUUUGAAAAAUUAGUUGAGGUACGAAAUCCCGCUGAGUCCCCCUCCUCCAAUCUAAGUACUGUUAUUUAUAAUAUAACAAUUAUUUAAAUAUGUUCAUUUAUAAUUAUAUUAAUAUUAUAUUAAAAUUGUAGUAUUCAAUUAUAAUUUGAUUAAAAUCUUUAUUUUUAUUUUCAGUUCGUGAUUUUCAUAAUGAUUUUCCAGAACAUUAUGUACACUGACGCGGGUGUAGUAGAUUUGUGGAGAAAUCCCGGAUUUUUACCCAAUGUACCGAUUGAUGAAAUUACUGAAACAGCGUAAGUAGAAAAAUACUAACUUGUUCCGUGCAUAGGCAUCAACACAACGCAAGUCACUCAAUAACUCAGAAAAUAUUAACUUAAUCGAAUUUUUUUUUUAAAAAAUAUUUAAGUAAUAAGUAGCUCUAAAAUAAUAUGAACGAGUAGAUUAGUACUACUACUGAUCUAGUUACUACUUGUUUAGUUAUUCAAUUUCAUAAUUAAUUUUAGGGCAGAUUGAAUGAUCAUAAAACCGUUAUAAAAAUAUAAGAGACCACUUCAUUUUAUUUAUAAAACUAUUUGAAAAUGAAAGUGAAAAUAAAAAUGGCUAUCAAAAAAAACGAAAUUUGAUUUCUUCCUUGUCUGAAUCCUAAAUACGCCACUAGUCAAUGAUUCAUUAAAAUAAAUCAUUAAAUUUAAAUUAACUAUAGUACUUGUUUCUCAAUUGAUUAAGUAAAAACUUUAAUUUAAAAUUUAUUUUGCUUAUACAAAAUAUUAUUAUUAUCUGUGAUUAUUUAUGUCAACAGAAAGGACCCACCGGCAAUGGCCCGGAUAUUCUAUUCGGCAAUCGGCGAUUUUGCAGAAGCCGUCCCCAUAUUUCCGAUCACCUUCAACGUGCCGGAUACGUUAUCGGCUUUCGGGGGUAUGAUGUCAGGUUUGUACAACUUCAUGACGGGAAAUAAAAACCCCGAAGGAUCGGAACCCAAAGACGUUGUCGAUACCAUGCUGAGAAUUUAUGAACAAAUAGUCCUACAAGAUGAAGCACUCGGUGACAAUGAGCUCGAGGAAUAG